GGAUAGAGAGACUGAAAGAGGAAUCUAUCUAUCUCUAAAACCCUACUAUCCCUUCUCUACUCUUCUCUCUCCCCUGCAAACUUGCUCUGUAGCAGGAAUCUUUUCUGAAACGUCACUCACUCAAGCUCUGUAGCAAAAAAACUCAGCCGCUAUGGAUGCCUGCGAAGCAAUGAAAAUAGUGAUGCCGAGAAUCAAGAACUUGGACACCGAAAACGCCUCCAGAAUCAUAGGAUACAUUCUGAUGCAGGAUCAAGGGGAGAAGGAGAUGAUUAGGUUAGCCCUAGCACCCGAUGCCGUUCUCCUAUCCAGCGUCAAUCAAGCCAAGGCCUGUUUAGGGCUCGCUUUCCCCAAUUCACUCUCGAAUUCGAACACUCUGCCGCUCAAUUCCGGAAUCCGGCCGACCGCCUUCCCGAAUUCGCCCCGUUAUGGCUACUUCGGCGGCAGCCUCUCUCCCCCGCCUCCAAUUUCGCCCAAUUCUAAUUUUGGCGGGAAUGAGUUGAGUGAUGAGUUGCUGAGCCCUAGUGGCCGGAGUGAUUCUCUCAUUUUCCAAUUGAGUGAGGACGGCGGCGUCGGUGGGUCCCCUCACCCUCACUCUCACCAUCCGUUUCAUCGGCGGAGCUAUUCGGUGAAUGAUGUAUUUCUGUCUCGUGUUGAGGAAGGGGGUGGUGUUGGAUGUAGGCCGUGUACCUAUUUGGGGAAAGGGUUUUGCAGGAAUGGUGAUUAUGUUGGUGGUGGUGAUGAAUUGGGGUCUUUUCAGCAGCAGAGGUUUGGAGUCAGGGCUCCGUUUGCUAAUUACAACAAAUCCAGCAACUCUUUGAAUGCGAAUCAGAGGUGUGGUCCUAGGAAUGAGCUUUCACGAGUGGGAAUGGGAAUGGGAAUGAGUGCUGCUAUGGCUUCUAGCUCACGGCAGAUUUACUUGACCUUUCCGGCUGACAGUACGUUCAAAGAAGAGGAUGUUGCCGGCUACUUUAGUAUGUUUGGACCGGUGCAAGAUGUUAGAAUUCCAUAUCAACAAAAGCGGAUGUUUGGGUUCGUUACAUUUGUGUACCCAGAUACUGUAAAACACAUCUUGGCAAAAGGGAACCCUCAUUAUGUGUGUGAUUCUCGAGUGCUGGUAAAACCAUACAUGGAAAAAGGAAAAGCCCCGGACAAGAAACAAUUCCAACAGCAAUAUCAAAAUCUAGAGAGGUCUGAGUAUUCACCAAACUUAAGCCCUUCUACAAUGGAUUCAAAAGAACUCUUUGAUGUUCCGAUUGGUGAGCAUGCGCAGCUGGCUGCAGGACCCAGAAUGUUAUUCAAUAGACAGGAGAUGCUGAGGAGACAGUUGGAGAACGAGGCUGAAUUACAUAAUGUCAUUGAACUUCAAGGUCGAAGGAUGGGGAAUUUACAGCUGAUGGACGUAGGAUACCAGCAGAAUAAUCAUCGCUUUCUGCCAAGCUUUCCAGCUGGUGUCUUGGUUUCCUCCCCGAGACAGUCUCAGCCAGUAGAAAACAUGAUUGUUUCUUGUGAUCGUGCUAAUCCAAACGUUUUGCAAGAACUCGAUGACUGGCAAGAAUCAUCGAAAGCUGAUUAUGAGAAUUCAGUGCUGGAAGAAACUGAAUCUUCCUUGGAUAACAAUGUUUCGAAUGGCAAUAGAAACCGACAUGUAAAUGAUGAUGACUCUUAUCUCCCCGCAAGUUUGGAGCAUUUCCUACCCGGCACUCUUUUCUGCUCGCCAACAAAACCAGCUUCGGAGGAUUAAUUUGCAUCCUCACCAGCUCAUCAGAAGACAAUAGUCCUCUAAUUAGUACAUCCUUCUAACUAUGCUCCAAACGACAAGGUACACUAGUUAAUUCAACUCCGUCACUUCGCCAUUUUAAAGAAUUUGCACUUAGGAACAAGGAUGACUUGCCAACGACAAUGAAGGUGUUUCUACCAGUCGUCGUUUGUGAAAUGGUAAUGAAUAGCCUAGCUUGGUAAGUAGGUCAGAAGUCCUGAAACAAUAGUUCUGAAAAUCAGUACAUGUUUGCUUUAGAUGGCUCAUUUUGCAAUCCAGUUAGCUGUGUAUAAUGAUCAAUGAACAGAUAAUGUGAGUUGGAACAAUAUAGAGUGUAGUAUGCAAGAACUGAUUUAUGGGAGUGGGGUCUCUCCUUUGCUUUAUUUUGCGACCCUUUCAUGUGAUGGUAUGGACCACAGAUGAAUUGUAGCACAUCACUAGACAAAUGAAGGCUAGUAGUUUUAUAUCUUUUGACUGCA